CUAGUCUUAACUAACUAACACUAUGAUCCUACCUCCAAUCGCCCGGUAAGCAGCUAAAGCAAUGUUCGGUCCUUGUGACCUUUACAUUCGUCCACAAUGUCUUCAUCGGCAAUCAGUGCGACAUCGUCGAUGGCCGCACAUGCAUCUUCCUCCCUCCCCGCGCUAUCCCCCUCGAUGAGUUCGGUGGGACAACAAGUUGCAAGAGGACAGUCGACGUCGUCUGGCUUUGGCCAUGCUCUCCUGGCAGUCGCGAGCUUCAUUCCCGGGGCUCUAUUCUGGAUCAUAACGUUCACGACAAUCACGUUACCAACAUGGUUGUUUACGCUGUUUUCUAUGAGCCUGACCUUUACCAUGAAUUUCACCACUUUGCUCUUGAUAGUCCUCGCGAUAGUCUCAACCAUCAGCUGGUUCAUUCGUUACCGUUUCCUCAAUGUCUAUACCCGUCUUCCGCAGGAGCCCCAGAGAAAAGAGACGCAGAUAGAUUUGUUUCCGGACACGCAAGAAGGAGACUCGAAACCAGGGCUUUCAAACUAUCUCGAUGAGUUCCUCAGUGCCAUCAAGGUUUUUGGAUAUCUGGAACGACCAGUUUUCCACGAGUUGACCCGGACAAUGCAGACUAGGAAACUCAUUGCGGGGGAGACGCUACUACUCGAGGAAGAGAAGGGGUUCUGUCUGGUUGUCGACGGCCUGGUCCAAAUCUUCGUCAAGUCUCUAAGAGAUGCCUCAGAUGACAGCCCUGGGCAAGUAGACCUGUUCAGCGACGAUGAAGGAUACCACGAAGGCAAUCAAGGAUACCAAUUGCUCACAGAAGUCAAGAAUGGGGCCUCGAUGUCCUCACUCUUUUCCAUCUUGUCACUCUUUACCGAAGAUGUAAAGUUACGCCAUGGCGAUCACGGUCCUGUUGCUCCCGGAUUUCCUCAUCACACGUCUCAAACACCUGGUUCGAGCAUUGGGAGCCCGACAACCCAACCGUCAACACCAGCUGUGGGAUCCGGGCCCCUAGAAGAGACGCGUAGACAAAGGCUACCCACCGUACCGCCCUUGACGCUUGACCCCGCCUUUAAUGAGCGGGAGUACCAGACUACGGAAGCAAAAUCCAGAAAGGCAGCAUCAGCCCAUCCAGAUAUUGUUGCCAGAGCCACGGUCGACACUACGAUCGCCAUCAUUCCGGCAAGCGCAUUUCGCCGACUGACUAGGGUGUAUCCCAAAGCUACCGCUCAUAUUGUCCAGGUAAUCUUGACGCGACUGCACCGAGUAACGUUGUCGACAGCUCAUCAAUAUUUGGGUCUGACUUCGGAAGUCUUGCAAGUCGAGAAGUCCAUGAACAAAUUCACUAGUUUUGAUCUACCGAACCAUCUGAGAGGUGCGCCUCUAGACCGGUUGAGGGACAAGUUCAACAAGGAAAGAGACAGGAUCGGACCGGAAGAGCUAACCAAAGGCAUCGCUCUGCACAACCCUUCUGCAAACCGGAGACGAUCUUCAAGCGGACUUCGAAGAGAAGCUGCCAUGGCGGCCGGAGCUGCUGCGGGACGUGGAUCACCUUUGGCAAUGACCCCCUCUGCUAUGCGUCCUUCUAUAGGAGAUAGAAACGUCAGUUCAGGCGAUUUACAUGGGGCUUCAAGACCCAGCCAGAGACCGAUGAGCAUGCACCUUCGAUCGACAUCCAAUUGGACAGGAAUGGGAGCACCAGAGACGCCAAGGGCUGAUAUGACUAGCCCCAUGGGAAAUCGGGAACAGCCAUAUUUUUCACCAUUUGCCAACGAUAAGCCUCAUCGACAGGAUUCUGUUCUUGAAGACGGCUUGUUCAGAGAGUCCGUAUUGGAAUGCAUGGCGAAAGCACUCGGGCUCAACGACCCUAUCAGUCAGUCGCUGAAGAGAGGGCCAGCAUCGGUGGAACAAUCUCCACGUCUCGUUUCAUAUGAUGCACGGCGGCAAACAGCCAUUUUCAACAACGCUUUUGGAUUCAUCGAUCCUUACGACGAGCUGGCAGACGGUGAUUCCGACUCUGUAUCUACUUCCAUAGCCAGCAGUGUCAACGGCCUGCAUGGUCGGUCACUGCACGAUGAACUGAUAGACGAUGUGGAGAUCGUUUUCUUCCCUAAGGGAUCCGUGCUCGUUGAGCAAGGGGAACGAAACCCCGGUCUUUACUACGUAAUUGAUGGGUUUUUAGACGUGAGUAUUCCAGUCGAGGAGAAGGAGGAGAAGAAUGUGCCAUACGCUUCGAGGGUUAACAAGAACGCCCGUGACGAGCCGUUCCCUCGACUGCGCAGGACCAAGACAUCUGCUUCUCGAGCUUCGUCGUUGCCAGGUGGUCCGGGUCAGUCGAAAGAGGGCAGAAGAACGGUACAGAAGUCGCUGUUUCUGGUCAAGCCUGGGGGUAUCGCCGGUUAUAUCGGAACAUUGUCGUCUUACCGGUCCUUCACUGAUGUAACGGCAAAGACCGAUGUCUACGUUGGGUUUCUACCUCGUGCUUCUCUGGAAAGAGUUGCGGAGAAAUACCCCAUCGUUCUACUAACGAUGGCCAAACGACUUACUAGCCUGCUUCCACGUCUGAUACUGCACAUCGAUUUUGCUCUCGAAUGGGUUCAGGUCGACGCUGGCCAGGUCAUACAUCACCAAGGAGAUGACAGUGACGCCAUCUAUAUUGUUCUGAAUGGCCGAUUAAGGGCAGUCCGCGAAUCUGAAGGUGGCAACAUGCGCGUAGCAGGAGAAUACGGCCAGGGUGAAAGCAUCGGUGAACUGGAGGUCAUGACAGAUGCAUCCAGACCUGCAACUUUACAUGCUAUACGGGAGACCGAACUUGCCAAAUUCCCUAGAACUUUGUUCAACAGUCUCGCCCAGGAACACCCGACCAUCACAAUACAGAUAUCGAAAUUAAUAGCACAGCGGAUGCGGGCGCUGGUAGAAGCACCAUUGACGGAAAAGGGUCAGGAGCGGAGCAAAGCAGCAUUGGGCGAGUCAACGACAUCGAACUUCAACCUGCGAACAAUAGCGGUCCUGCCAGUCACCACUGGUGUGCCUGUGGUUGAGUUCGGUAACCGACUGCUGGCAGCCCUGAGUCAAGUCGGAGUACCAAAUGGCGUAUCGCUACUGAAUCAAGCCAUCAUCUUGAAUCACCUUGGUCGUCAUGCAUUCAGUCGAAUGGGUCGGUUAAAGCUGUCACAAUAUCUUGCGGACCUUGAAGAGAAGUACGGCAUGCUGCUGUACAUUGCCGACACAAGCGUGAACGCGCCGUGGACCCAGACUUGUAUAUCACAGGCCGACUGCAUCUUACUGGUUGGCUUGGCUGAGAGCUCACCCAGCAUUGGUGAAUACGAGCGAUUCCUUCUGGGAAUGAAAACAACAGCACGGAAGGAGCUUGUCCUCCUUCAUGUCGAGCGCUACAGUCAACCUGGCCUCACGAGGAGAUGGUUGAGGAACAGAAUGUGGAUCAACGGAGGUCAUCAUCAUGUUCAGAUGGCGUUCCGUGUCAGCCCAGAGGCGACUCCUCAUGCUCAGCCUCGGCGACUAGGGACGGCCAUCAAGCAGAGAGUUCAAGUCAUCCAAGCAGAGAUACAAAAGUAUACAUCACGAAGAGUGCGACAAGCUCCGCUAUACUCAGCAGAUACUCCUUUCAAGGGCGACUUCCAUCGACUGGCAAGGCGCCUAUGCGGGAAGUCCGUCGGCUUGGUCCUCGGUGGUGGUGGAGCUCGGGGUAUUGCUCACGUAGGGGUCAUUCGUGCGCUAGAAGAGGCAGGGAUACCCAUCGACAUCAUUGGCGGAACUUCGAUCGGAGCAUUCAUGGGGGCACUCUAUGCACGCGACGCGGAUGUUGUCCCCAUGUUCGGUCGUGCGAAGCAGUUUGCUGGCAGAAUGGGAAGCAUGUGGAGGUUUGCGCUGGACCUUACAUAUCCGUCGGCAUCCUACACGACGGGCCACGAGUUCAAUCGUGGUCUUUUCAAGAUCUUCGGCGACUCGCAGAUCGAAGAUUUCUGGUUAUCGUUCUACUGCAACACCACUAACAUCAGCAAAUCACGCGCCGAGAUACAUACGUCUGGGUAUGCCUGGCGAUACGUCCGCGCAAGUAUGUCGCUCGCCGGCCUGAUCCCACCCAUAUGCGAUGAUGGAAGCAUGCUCCUCGACGGUGGAUACAUGGACAACCUGACUGUGGCGCACAUGAAGAGUCUCGGCGCGGACCUGGUCUUUGCUGUUGAUGUGGGUAGCCAGGAUGACGAUGCUCCUCAGCAAUACGGCGAUACUUUGUCGGGAUUCUGGGCGCUGUUGAACCGUUGGAAUCCGUUCUCGUCAAUCCCCAACCCGCCGACGCUGAGUGACAUCCAGGCGCGGCUGGCAUAUGUUAGUUCUGUGGAUGCAUUGGAGAGGGCAAAGAACACACCGGGGUGUUUGUAUAUGAGGCCGCCUAUUGAUGCGUACGGGACGUUGCAGUUCGGUAGCUUCUCGGAGAUCGUUGAGAUUGGGUAUUCCUACGCGAAGGAGUACUUGAAUCGCCUGAAGAAUGAAGGCGAGUUGGACGGCGUCAUUGACGCCUGGGCUGCUGGGGAUGAUGAGAAAGGUAGACAGCUCCUCAGGGCAAUGGCGCCGAGGAGAGCCAGCGUAUGAGAGCGCCUACCUAUGCACUACAUGAUCAGGGUCGAUCUGGAGCGCAGACAUCAAUCUGUUCCAACUCCAAAAGCGAGAAAAUGUGAAUAUUGGUUUGUGAGGCUGCCGUUGAAUGACCGGACAAGAGGAGAAAUGCAGUCAAUGAAACGAGUGAUAUCACGACCUGCAGACUGCUCAUACACAGCGUGACAG